UCCAAUCGGACGGAUAGCUGUCGCGUCCGGGACCGGGCCGGGGGGCGCCUGGCAAGCAGAACCUACCUGAGAGAAACCGCCGGAGAAACUGGAGGGAGGGCGAGGGACGGCGAGGGCGAGGUUUCCCGGAGCAGGCAGAGGCAGGGAGGAGCACUCCAAAAAUCUCAAGUACUACUGGCCAUGGACGAUCCUGCUGCUCAGCCUCCUGUGGUUGCUGCUGCUCAGGCUCAGGCUCAGGCUCAGGCUCAGGAUAUCACGCCCUUGGUUAAUUGGGUCCCAGUGUUUGAACGAAGCAAAGCAUCGGUCUUCCUCAUCCAGUUUACACCAGUAAGACGUCGGGUGAAUGAAGCCCGGGUUAUCGCUGGGGCAGCCGGCUCCAAGACUCGAGAGCAGCUGAACGCAAUUUUCGCAUCACGGUGGCUAACAGAAACUGGCAUCUCCUCGCACAUAGAUGGCGCCUACCUCUACAUUCUCACCACCGCACACAUUGUGGAUCAUCUGUUCCAUGCGGUCUACAGGCCAAUUGAUCCAGCCACGGUGAACCGGCUCUUUACAAUCGAGGUCACAUGUUUCCAUGCCGAGAGAGACUUCGCAGUUAAUAGGAACAUGGUCGGGGAUCGCACCUACACGCCGGCGACGGUCUGCGGGAUUGACUGCCUGAGGGAUUUGAUGAUGCUGCGCGUCGAUCGGGCAGAGCUGGCCGUGAGGGGCGUCGGGCAGCAGAGGGUGCAAUGCACACGGCAGCACCCGGUUCUGCAGUUUGACGGAACACGCGAGUUUGGCAUGCAGUGCAUGCUCGUUUCGUGGCCUGCCUUCCGUCCCUGCACCUUCGCCACGGGCCUUCAGUGCCUCCACCGGUUUCUGACUGGCAUGAGCACCAACCCAGUUGGGUAUGAUAUGGAGCUGCUCGAGGCUUACAUCGGAUCCGAUCAGGGGUCCUCGGGAGGCCCUCUCUUCAACGCCGCUGGCCAGGUAAAGGGUAUUCUACACGGAGGGAGUGGGACGCACUCACAGUUCAUUUUGCCCGGAGAUAUUCUACCUUUCAUCCAGAACAAUGCCCCCCCUCAGCCACCUUCAACGUCAUCUUCAUCUCCCCGGGGUCCCAGAGGAGGAGGAGGAGGAGGAGAAGGAGGAGGUGGUCCCAAGCGCGGUCCUAACAAAGAUGACAAGUCGGGUCCAUCAGAUCCUCCAAAGCGCCGUCGGAGUGUCCGUGACAAGGGCAAGGCCACCGCUGCAUGGGGAUCCGGCCGGCGGAGGUACACGCUCAGAUCCCACGGCAAGGGCAUGGCCGUUGGUGCAGGUGGAUCCGGCCAGAAGUAUCUGCUUAGACCCCGCUCAUGAUCAGUUACUAGGUUGCUUCAUUCCCAGGCCAGAGGAUACUCAUGCGAGUGGCCACGAUGCACAUCUAGAGUUAGUAGGCUAGCUGAAUGAUGAAACACA